AUGACAGAGCUAAGCUGGAUCGGUUCUUUGGCGGUGUGUUUUGGACAUGCUACAGGACCCUUCUAUGCGUGGACAAGCUCAAAAUUGGAUGAUCGAUACGCUAUUGUUAUUGGGGGUUUGGUCAUAGCAGUGUCAAUGAUGCUUGCCAGCAUUACACAUGAGAUUUGGCAGCUAUGGAUAACUCAGGGUUUGUUGAGUGGUCUUGGAAUGUCAAUGGUUCAUUAUCCUUGCAUUAACCAAACCAUGACAUGGUUUGCGAAACGUCGUGGUUUAGCAGUCGGCUGCUGUAUGUCAGGCAUUGGAUUUUCUUCUAUUGCAUACUCCAACAUUGCAACUGCAUGUUUUCAAACUUUGGGCUAUCGUUGGGCCCUUCGUAUUCUUGGAUUCAUUGAGCUGGUGUUGUGCGGUAUAGCAGCAGCACUAUGCACCAAGCUCAAUCCACAGUCAAAAGCGGUUCCUUUCCUUGAUUUUUCAGUGUUCAAGAAUAAGAAGUAUGUGAUUUUAGUCCCUGUGCACUUUAUUGGUGCAUUCGCUUUCUACAUCCCCGAAGGUUUCAUUGCUCCAUAUGCCAAAAGCAUCGGCAUCGAUCCAUGGAAUAUCGCAAACAUCACUGGGUCUAUGGUUAUCUUUGCUUCGGUUGGCUCAAUUAUCCUCAACUUUGUGGCAGAUCAUCUGGGUCGCUUCAACAUGGCGGUAUUCUCAGGGUUGUUAUGUGUCAUCAUCCAGCUAUCAGUAUGGUUCACCGCAACAACAGCAGCAAGCUUUUGGGCUUUCGCUAUACUAUACGGCAUGGUAAUAGGGUCAUUUGGAACUCUGAUCAUUGCCGUUAUCGUCGAUUGCGUAGGCGUCGAACGUUCCGAAAUCGGUGUUGGUUGGAUCCUCUUCACUGGGAGCUUUGGUGGUUUACUUGGCCAGCCUUUCGCCUCUAUGAUUAUUAAUCGGACCAAUGUGCCCAACUACCAAACGGCCAUUGUCUUCGCUGCUUCUAUUUGCUUCUUUGUUACAUGCUUGAUGAUGGUGCUUAGGAUCAUGGUUGGUGGUUGGUCAAUAUUGAAAAAGGUGUGA